AUGCAGCAUUUCCAUCAUAUCCUGACUACAUUAUCUGAUUCUGAAAAUGACGAAACCGAAGAAGAGGAUGUACUUUUCAAUAGUGACAAUGAUGUCGAAUGUUUUGUGGAUUUUAACGCUAUUAAAGCAAGAUUGGGUGGUUCUGCCAAGACGCAUCGUCGUUCCGUUGUGUCAUCUUUUGUAUCACCACCUACGGAGCAAUGGACACCUCCUAUGGUCCCAAAAAGUUCACAUGAUGCCGAAUCCAUUCAACGUUCCGUGAGACGUAAUUUACUGUUUGCAAAUAUACCACAAGACACAUUACAAGUGUUGGUAAAUGCUAUGAAAUACAUUGCAGUUGAUGCAGGGAAAAAUCUUGUAACACAAGGAGAAAUUGGAGGAGAUAAGUUUUUUAUCGUUGAUACUGGUGUCUGUGACGUACUCGUUAAUGACAAAAUAGUCGGGGAAGUCUGUGCAACGUCGACUCGUAACUUUUUCGGUGAAUUGGCAUUAUUGUACGACUCACCACGAGCUGCUACAGUACGUGCCAAAACACUAGUGGAAUGCUGGACAUUGGAUCGAGUCACGUAUAAGCGAGUGCUUAUGGCGACCACAAUGCAGCAACGAGCUUUGUAUCUCGAUUUUCUAGGGCAAGUUCCAAUUUUUUCGACCUUGUCGAGUUAUGAGAAGAUGACAGUGGCAGACGCUUUACGCGUACAGUUUGUAGAGUCUGGAGAUACGAUCUUGACAGAGGGGUCUCGAGGUGAUGAUUUCUAUAUUAUUGAAAACGGUGAAGUCAAGUGUACACGUGGAGGAAACGAAGUGUCAGCUCGACUUGGAGCUGGAGAUUUCUUUGGUGAGCUUGCACUCAUUCACGAUGAUGUGCGACAAGCUACUGUCACUGCUAUACGCAAGACGAAGCUGCUUGUACUGGACCGAGCCACGUUUAGUCGCCUACUAGGUCCAAUGCAGGAACACCUGCGCAAACGUGCCGAUCUCUACGAGCUUUACAUGAACGGACCAAGAAUCACGCAACAGAACUAA